AUGGCCAACGCGAAUGCCACUAUCCCCGCUUCGGACUCCAAGCAGGAGCCCGCAAAUAUAGGAGGCAUGCUAGAGAAGACUCCGCGGGACGAGGUAAUAACAGAUCAGAACAGGAAAAGCCCUUUGGAAGGUUCCAAGAGCCAAGAUAACGAAGUACAAGGGGUACGGCUCGUUUUAAUACAUACUGCGAUUUGUCUGUGCAACUUUCUAGUUGGCCUAGAUCUCAACUUGAUCGCAACAGCGAUUCCUGUCAUAACUUCUGAGUUUAAUUCAAUCAAUGAUGUCGGCUGGUACGGUGCCACGUUCCAGCUUGCGUUAUGUACCACACAACCCCUAACGGGGAAGACUUUCGUUCUAUUUUCAAAGAAGUCCGCCUACUUGCUAUAUGUCGCCAUCUUCGAAAUCGGAAGCCUAGUCUGCGCACUCGCGCCCUCGUCCAAGGCCCUCAUCGUCGGGAGGGCAGUGGCAGGUAUAGGGGCAUCUGGUAUCUUUGCCGGAGGAUUCGCUAUCCUGACUACGAUCAUACCGCUCCACAAGCGCGCUAUCUGGAAUGGAAUACUAAGCGCAACCUUUGCAAUGGCUAGCAUCGUCGGCCCUCCUUUAGGAGGAGCGCUGACGCAGCAAGUUACGUGGAGAUGGUGCUUUUACAUCAACCUCCCAAUAGGGGGGUUUGCAGCUGCUCUCUUCCUCGUCCUUGUUCGGAUCAAGCCCACCCAAGGCGAACAGCAAACACUUUCUAAUAAGCUUAAGAAUUUGGAUUUCCUUGGCUUCGUUCUCUUCGCCGGAUCUUUGACUAUGUUGCUUUUAGCGGUACAAUGGGGCGGUAAUGAUUAUGCCUGGAGUUCGUCGACUGUUGUGGGGCUUUUUGUCGGAUUUGCUGUCGUCAUGGCAUUAUUCAUCUUCUACCAGUUGCGCUUGCAAGAUGGUGCUCUAAUACCCCCUCGAAUCUUCACUGCCCAUCGGAACGCUUGGCUUAUAUGCCUCAGCUCGUUCUUCGUAAAUGGACCAUUUCAGCUCGUCAUAUAUUGGUUACCUAUCUGGUUUCAAACGGUCCUUGGAGUAUCCCCUACUCAAAGCGGAGUUGAUUAUCUCCCAACCGUCAUCUCCCAUGUGUUAGCAUCGUUUAUAGGGUCCGCUAUCGUACUACGGCUUGGAUAUUGGAAUCCUUUUCUGUUAUUUUCUGAGUGUGCAGUUAGUAUUGGUGGAGGUUUGUUGAGUACUCUACAUCCUAAUGUCAAUGCUGGGAGAUGGAUCGGAUUCCAAAUCUUUGGCGGCAUCGGGUAUGCAUUGGCAACUAACCAGGCACACCUCGGCAUGCAAGCAUCACUCCCACAGAGUAUUGUUCCCCUUGGCGCUUCUACUCUUCUUUUGGUGAUAUCAACUAGCUGCGCUAUCUUCCUCGCUGUGGGACAGGCCGUCUUCGAGGCAGCACUCAGGUCAAAUCUUGCCCCUAUUUUAUCACCGGACGUUGUCAACGUCGUUAUAUCAGUCGGUGCAACUGAUGUUAGAUCAGUAGUCGAUGCGUCAGACGUUCCUGCCGUGAUCAGCGCAUACAGCAAAGCAAUAGCUCAAGUUUUCUAUAUCCCCGCCGGAGCACCUGUUCUAUCAUUUAUCUUAGUGGCCUGCUGCAGCUGGACAAGUACGAAGAAAAGGCCAGCGAAGGAUGAAAAGGCUUGA